AUGUUCGAGAUUAUGAAGGCAAAGGGAAAAAAGGAAGGUGAGAUGGUGAAGAAAAAGUACUGCCAAUAUGCGAUCGUAGAAUGCUCUAAACUGGAGGAUUUGCUGAAAGAUGACAAAGGACUAUUUGAAGUAAAAAAAAGGAUUCGAUCGAUUCUUCCGAAUGCUUCCAUGAAUAUUUCGGGAAGUGUGGGGGAAAAGGGCGAUACUCUGAAAUUCUCAUAUCACAUUGUUGUGAAUAACUACCAUGUUCUGAAUGUGGGCGAACUUGACCCGAUUAAGCAGUUUUGUGCCAUGUAUAAGGAACUUGGAUUUGACAUGAAUAUCUACAGAGCGAACGGCUUGAUGAAAUAUGUAAACCAAUCCAAAGGUGACGGACGAGUCCAGGAGAUAAUAGAAGGUUCUGAUAACAUUUUGGAUCACACGAUCAUGCAUGGUAUUCCAAAGGACAGCAUCCACGUAAAGAAUGUUUCCGAACUUCAAAACUUUCUAUCGACCGGGGCUCCAGCGCUCCGGAAGAGAACACGAGAAAAUGACGAGGGCUCGGUACAAGCGAGAAAAGGUCGCUACUAUCCGGGUCAAAUACCGAGAAUGAACUUGGAACCUCCGGAAACCCUAGAUAUCUAUAGAGGGGAUCCGCUGCAUUUUCUAGCGCACAUGCCAAACCCUAAACGUGGGGAUACGUUUGAAUUGUCCAACUGGUUAUGCAGUGAGAUCGGUCGUUGGUGUAAGAUGGCAGGUAUCACCUUUGCGUCGUUUUGGGAGUGGAAUUCGAAAAAGGAUAGCACUCCGCAACGCAAAGCAAAAUAUAUAGACUUUUGGAAUCGGGUGGAUGUACAGUCGAAGCCCAUUUCGGAGAACUUCAUGAAAGCGUGUUUGGUUGCUGUUUAUAACGGAAACAUUCUAAAGUCGACGCCAUACAAAGUAAUGGAAAAUGCGAUAAACAAAGAGUUCAAUCAUCGCAUUGACUCAAGAUGGUUAUCCUCAGCGGAUCUUCACUUGGGUGACGAUUAUAAACACAUUGUAUUGCAUGUUUCGCUCGGCGGUAACAAAAGUGGAAGUACCAUUGAUUAUCUCAAAGAAUUAUUGGAGGGGGACAAAGAAUUGACAGCGCUUUGGACAACAUGUAGAAUUGCGUUGACAAAUGAACAAAGAGGAAGAAUGGAAAAAACAGGCAUCACCCAAUGGAAAUAUUAUCUGGAUUACAGACCCGAUGAGAAACAAAAUCCAGUGCAUCAUCCCUAUCUCGUAUGUUCCAUUCAGUCGAUCUACUUAGCAAGGGGAGUUUACGAUAUAAUUGUCAUUGAUGAGUGCGAAACGUUAUUGCGAAGUUUUGCGGACGAUGCAAAAUGCCAUGAAUUUCAUGCGCCUGUUGGCGUCAGCAAAGAAGACAUUGGAGGUGAAAGUUUCAUUAUUGGAUCGAGUGUUCCUCCUCCGCAACGAGAGAUCAAGUAUUGCAAAGAAAUAGAAGAUCUUUAUGCGAAAAUGUUCAACAGUCUGGAUAAAGGGGAAAAGAUCUUUAUCGCAUCGGGAGCAAAAGGUUCUCGAAAGGUUCAUUCCGCAUUUGAUGGGGUGGAAAACAUUGUUUCGACGCUAAUGGCAAAAUACAAAUGGAAACGUGGAACAGAAAUAAUUGGUAUCCACGCGGAUCGCAAAAAAGACAAGGAGAAUCUGAGAAAUAUUGAGGAGGUAUGGGGAAAUCCGGCUGUGCGAGUGGUGGUUGGAAACGCUGCUUUAGCGGUGGGCGUGAAUUAUGAUGUAAAAGAAGGGAUGCGCCCGUUUGACCGGGUUUUUGGCAUUUUCAAUCCGGCUUGUAUAUCGUACCGGGACUUUUUCCAAUUACUGGCAAGAAUUCGGAGGCCACUUUCGAAUGAGAUAUGGAUUCUGUUUACGGAACCUUUCAUGAAGGCAGUAAAGCAGGAUCGACUGAUUGUUUCACAAUCCGAUGGAUUUCGUACCUUAGCCGCGCAUAUGGAUUCAGAGAGUUUCGCGGAUAAACAUCACAAAUCGGCACAGGAUCUGUUCAAAUUGUAUGCAGAUCUAUGUAACAUCAAACUAUGCAGCAAAACAUGCUUUGCAUUGGAAAAGGAUGCACGUCAUUUAAUAAGCGGCUGUUUCGACAGUCGAUUCAAUAUGUUCUCAUGGCAUAACAUUAAGGAUAUCUCAGGAGAAGAGUGUGAGAGACUUGAAAGAUUGAUCGAAGCCCUCCAAGCAGACGUCGAUCAGAUUCUUCAAGUUAAAAAAUUCAGGUUCAGAAAUCUAUUUAGAAGUGUGGUUACUGAAAACCUUGUUGAAAUCUACUGGGACACGUACAGGGAUACCGUCUACGCAGUGAAUAACUUUGGCAGGUUAGAACGAGGUCAAGAACUGUAUCACGACAUAAAAUGCGCCCCAAUAGUCCACAAGUUUUACAAGGACAAUAAUCUAACAAUCGAAGGGGAAAUCAGACCAGAGCAUGUCUGUAACUCACCUUUUGAAGACAUACAAAGAUCUUUUAAAAUGUUUCACCGACCGAAAACGUACAGAAUGGACCUAUACGCAAAGAUCAUCAAUGCUUAUUUUUGUGCACCAAUUAUUGUUAAAACGAAAGAGAAACGUAAGAAUAAGAAACGGUACACAUGGGACACAAAUGGAUUGUUACUUGGUAAGAUAGCAGAAGCGUUGCUAUCAUUCGAAGAGUUCGAUAUCUUGAAUUGCGAUUAA